UUUCUGAAUAUUUCUUCACUUUCCCACUUAGUAUGAUCUUUGAGCUUUUAUUACUUGAGUAUGGAAUUUCAUUUCAGCGUAGGAAGUUUGAAGGCUAUGAAAUUAAUAGUAACAAUAUUAGAAGUUUAGAAAAAACAACAUUAAUUAUUCUUUCAAAUUCUACUGUCUCACAAAAUUUUGGAUCCACUUUUUUGAAAACAAAACCAAUUUGUAACUGUCAAAAUGAUAUCUAUUAUGUUAGCAUGACUUAUGAUAAUUCAACAUCUUAUUGAAGCUCUACUGCGUUGUGUUCUAAUAUAUAUACUUGCAUCCACUUUCUGACAGGACGAUAAUAACUUUAUACUCAGAGGCAGAGUUUAGUGUUUGUUAAUUCCAGAAUUUUAGUUUUAACUAGAAUGUUCUUAUAAUAGCAGGUGCAAAAUGCUUGAGAGUUCUAGAAUUUGGUUGGUUUCCUCAAUAAUAUUAUUAUUGGGAUUGACCAUACCAUGUUCAUGUUCUUCGCUGAAAAGCAUAAUCAAGACGAAAUCUGCAGUUUUCUUGUCCCCAAAGUUUGAGUUGGAACCUGGAUCAGUGGCAGACAAAUAUUAUUACAACAUUGAUUUCCCAAGAGGUCAUAUUGCCCUCAAAAGUUUUAAUGCUGAAGUAGUUGAUGAAGAAGGAAAUUCUGUUCCUCUUUAUGAAACUUAUCUUCACCAUUGGGUUGUUAAGAGGUAUUAUCACCGUAAGAAUUCCUUAGAACCAGAGGGCCCUCCUUUAGUGCAUAACCAUACAGAUUUUUUUAUGGUAAGAAACAAUGGAUUAUGCCAGAGAAAUGUUCUUGGACAUUAUUAUGGAAUUGGAUCCGAAACACGAAGAACAGCAACACAUGUUCCUGAUCCUUUUGGGGUUGAAGUUGGUAAUGCUGCAGAAAUCCCUUCUGGUUAUGAGGAGAAAUGGUUGCUCAAUGUUCAUGCCAUUGAUACUCGCGGUGUUGAAGAUAAAUUGGGAUGCACUGAAUGCAGGUGUGAUCUGUAUAAUGUUUCGAAGGACGCAGAUGGACGACCGUUGAGUCCGGAGUACAAAGGAGGUCUUCAUUGUUGCUAUGAUGAUACGAGGUGCAGGAUCAGUGAAGGUUUUGGUGGUGGCAAGAGAGGUCUCUACCUGAGAUAUACUGUGAAGUGGGUUGAUUGGUCUGAUUCCAUAGUUCCUGUUAAUAUCUAUAUUUUCGAUGUCACUGAUAGUCUGAAGGCUUUGAAGGGUUCGACUAUGCAGUCUGCUGAAUAUAAUUGCCAGAUCGAGUAUGACGUCGAAAAAUCUUGCAGUCCAAGUGGCAGGACUAGUAAUGCCUGCAUUGACACCAAAAGGACAAGUCUUACUCUCCCUUCUGGGGGAUAUGUUAUCUAUGCUGUUGCUCAUCAGCAUACUGGAGGAAUCAGUUCCACACUAUACAGACAAGACGGACAAACAAUAUGUUCAUCAUUGCCAAUUUAUGGGAACGGGAACGAAGUAGGAAACGAGGCUGGUUACAUAGUUGGAAUGUCCACUUGUUAUCCUCAACCAGGCUCUGUCAAGAUCAAUGAUGGGGAGACUCUGAUUCUGGAAUCCAUUUACAGCAGCACACAAUCACACACAGGAUUAAUGGGGCUGUUUUACAUUCUGGUUGCAGACCAACUGCCAAAAUCCAUGCUUCCCUUCUAUUGAGUAAGAUUUUUUUAACUCCUGAGAUUUGAACAAUCAUUGCUGAUACCCUACAUCUGAAUAAUUCUUCAUUUAGCACUCUUCAAGUUGAUUUUGACUGAAGUAUGCUUAUGCAAUGUCUAUUUUCCCCUUCUAUAUCAAGAUAAAUUUAAAAUCGUUACUCUUAUUUACAUUAUAAUAAUGUAUACUUAAAAAAACCAUUUAGCAGUGAUUGCAUUUUAUAAAGUGACUUCCCAUAUAAAUAGAAAAGUCAGAUGAGGUUGGUUUGGUUGGUAAGUUAAUGUUCAAGACAUAAGAUGAAGGGUAAAGUUUUAAUUUUUAUUUUGAUGUUGAAGGGCAAAAUAGACUUUUUAUAAACAAAGUUUUAAUGAAUUUCAUUAAGCACCCUUAAAAAAAAAAAAAAGCUUAAUUAUGGUCUAAAAUGGCAUGCAUUGAUGGUUUAGCGGAAAUUGAUGUAUCUGCUGGAUGUUACGUUGGCACACAAUCGAUAUAUGGGGGGACGAGUACUCUUAGGUUUGUGUCAGCUGCAUGAAUCUUUUGCUCUCGUGGAGGUAUACUUUGGCGUUUAUUGAGCUGCGUUCGUGGGGAUUGUAUAUUUUUAUCUUGGUUGGAUGUGGUUUUUGUACUUUCUUUGUGUUUGUACGUAUCAUCUGGUACUCUUUUUCAUUUAAAAGGUUUUCCUUACUUUUAGAGUUUUAUUUAUUUUUUUAUUUGUGUGUCUUGUAAGACCUUGAUCGUAUUUUGUAUUAAUUUUUAUUUCCUUGUUAAUAUAUUAGCUUGUUCGUUUCACGUUUUCAA